AUGGCAGUUCGUACUGGAGAGCAGUUCCUGGUGGGGCUGCGGGACGACCGGGAGGUAUGGCUGGGAGGCGAGAGGGUGGCCGACGUCACGUUUCAUCCCAAAAUGGCCCGAAUGGCGCAGACCCUGGCCGGGAUUUACGAUCUGCAGCACUCGCCUGAAUUCCGGGAGCGGAUGACCUUCACCUCUCCCACGAGUGGCGAGCCGGUGGCGCUGUCGUACCUAGUGCCGGAAACCCAGGAUGACCUGACAAGGCGCCGGGGAGCGCUGGAGAUCGUGGCGGAGUCGUGCCACGGGAUGCUUGGGCGGACACCGGAUUAUGUCAACAUUCAGUUGACCGCUUCGCGGCAGUUGUCGGCCAUCUUCGGGGAGAAGGACCCCAGGUUUAGCGCCCAUCUCAGGGAGUAUCACGAGUACGUGCGGGAGAGGGACCUGUGCCUGACCCACGCCUGCGGGCACCCGCAGGUCAACCGCUCAGUGGGACUGUCGGAACUGCCGGACCCGUAUAUCGCGGUCGGCGUGGUAGAUACGUGCGCCGAGGGAGUGGUUGUCCGCGGGGCAAAGAACCUUGCGACGCUGGCACCGUUUUCCGACGAGAUUUUUGCGCCCCUGUACCGCCCGCUCCGGCCCGACGUGGAGGAGGAUCGGAAGUACUGCAUCGGGUUCUCGGUGCCCUCGAAUAUCAAGGGGUUGAAGUUCAUCUGCCGGCCUUCCCACGACUUGGGAGAGCCACUGGGGGACUAUCCGCUGUCGGGGCAGUUCGACGAGAUGGACUCGCUGGCGGUGUUCGACGACGUGAUUGUGCCGUGGGAAAGGGUGUUCCUGCUUGAUGACGUGGAUUUGGGCAAUCGGACAGUUACGCAGGUCGCGCUGUGGCGCCACUACAUGCAGCAGGUGGCGGUCAAGAACAUCGCCAAGCUGGAGUUCAUCCUGGGCAUCGUUCGCGGGAUCACGGAAGGGAUUGGCAUCGGCGUGUACGGGCACGUGCAGGAAAAGACUGCGGAGAUCAUAGACACCAUCGAAACGUGCCGGGCCUACAUGCGGGCUGCGGAGGCGGACGCUGUGCCCCUGGAGGGGGCGGAGGGCAUCUGGCCCGCGCCGGAGCCAUGGAUCGCCAUGCGACACUGGUACCCGGAUGCCUACGCGCGGGUGGUCGCCAUCGUGCAGCAGCUUGCGGCCAGCGGGCUGAUGCUCACCCCUAACGAGGCCGACCUGGCCAGCUCCUUGGCAGCAGACAUUGCCAAGUAUUACCAGGCCAUGACCAUGGCCGCCCCGGAGCGGGUGCGGCUGUUCCGGCUGGCGUGGGACCUGAUCGGUACGGAGUUCGGUUCGCGUCAGACGCUGUACGAGCGCUUCUUCAACGGCGACGUGGUGCAGUUGCGGAUACGGCGGUACGCGCAGUACGACUACUCGAGGGCCGAGGAGUCAGUGCGACGGUUCAUGGGGGAGGUGUACGGUGAUUUGGCGGACCAAUGA